UCGUCGUGGAGCUCUCAGUCAGUGUAAUGUCGCUGUUGUGCCGCGCGAGUGCGCCAAGUGGGAAAUACACGGAAUAUUUGUAGUUUAACUGUGCCUUCGACGGUUAUAGAAACCCUGUCCGUCUAAUGCUCGCUCUCCUCUGCGGAUUUCUUUAAAACAAAAACACUUCAACGCCAGCCAUUUCUCCAACUUUGCUACUUCAACAACAAAAACACUGACAGCCCAAGCCCAAGCCCAAGCCCAGCCCACUCACACACAGCCAUCGGUGGCCAUCUGAAAACGGAAUAUUUGCUGAACGGAGACCAGGAAAGGUCAGCUCCGAGCGCGAGUGCAGUGCCGCAAGAUCCGCAGGACUCUCCAGAAGGACCUCACUAGGUGCCACGCCCGUGAAGAGACUUAAAGCUUAAAGAUGGCGGCCUUCAUAGCCAAACAAAUGGUUGGAAACCAAUUAAGCGCCGUUAAAGAUGCUGCAGGCGGAGGUGAUGGCGGUGACGAUGGCGACGACAAGGAAAAGGCAGAGGAGGAGGAGAGGGAGCGCCAGGAAGCUAUCCGCGAGGCCGAGGAGCGGCGCAAGGAGAAGCACCGGAAAAUGGAGGAGGAACGCGAGAAGAUGAGGCAAGACAUUCGCGACAAGUACAACAUCAAGAAGAAGGAGGAAAUCGUCGAGGCUGCUCCCCAGGAGGAGCCCAAUCCCCUGAUGAGGAAAAAGAAGACGCCCGAGGAGCUCGCCGCCGAAGCGGAGCAGGAGGAGCUCGACGAUUUUACAAAACUGAAAAAUCAAAUAGAAACGCAAGUAAAUGAGCUAAAAACUCAAAUAGAGGGAAAAUGUGUCAUGCAGUGAUAUGUCAGUCAACAAAAUAAAAGCGAAACACUUAUAAUACAAAUUCCAUAAUAAUAAUAGCAUUGAGCCCAUAAAAGGAAAUUGUUUUAAUUCUUCUCUAAAUAAUUGAAUUUGUUAUGAUAAUACGUUAUCCCAAUGGAAGCCCCCAAAAACCAAAAAAAAGAAACACGAAUAAACUUUACUAAAAGCUAAACAAUAAAAGCGUAAAAUUAGCCUUUAACGCGCCAGCAAUAAUUUGAACCAAAUCGGAAUUUAAUCCUAUUUAUGAUCCCCAAUAUUUUAAAUACCGAAAAUCGACGAAAGCCAUAUGCGAUAAAUAAAAUAAUAGAGAUCCGGAAUGAAAAUGCGAACAGGACGGUGAACUCCUAAUGAAUUUUAAAGUAGCUAAAGAAUAAACCAAAUUAUUUAAAAACAAAGAUAGUAAAAGCCUUUACUAAUAUUCAAAUCACUUUGCUUCGAUGAUAAUGUAAUAUACUCAAACCCAAUAUACAAUACAUAAUCGUUGUUUAGUUGAUAACAUAAAAAAUAUAAUGACAAAAACAAAAUAAUGAAACCAUCGAAACGGCACGAUGACAUUCGAUGCCAAAUCGAAAUAAAUAAAUGAAAUAAAGCGAAUAAAUAAUAUAUAAAAACAAAAAUUGAAAAAUCGAAAAACAAAAAAAAAUUAAUUAAAAUAAAUAAAUAAGCGAAUGGUGCGACAGAGGAGGUUGCUGAAUCAUGUCGAACCGUCGAAAAUACAUUGCUGAAAUCACUUUGGACUUUAAAUUCAUAUACUUAAGUGUGUAUGAGUAUGGAAAGAUUAUGAAUUAAAUCGGCGAAUACGUUGUAAUUUUCAUUCAGAUUUAUAUAUACCCGUUAUGUAUAUAAUGUAUAUUUUUCAUGAAUUUAACCACGACUAAAUGACUACACUUGCAAACGAACUGACGCAGAUACGCUAAAUUAUUAUUGCCGAUUCUCUAAUCGCACUUCCACCAGAAUCCAGAUCAAAAAAGCAACAAUAUACGAAAUACGAAAACAAUUACAAAACAAUUUCAGUCAGUUUGUUUUUGAAAGUUUUUGAGCAAUUCAUCUUUAACAGCUGUUACAUUUUGUUUCUUUCCUGUACAAACAACAUACAACAUACACCACCACAAUUGAGAAUUUCUAACUCUUUGAGAUAGUUACCGAUCUCUCCGGUUGAUUCUUCUGAAAUACAUGUAUUCUCUCGGUGUUUUACAAAAUGAUAUAUCAUCAAUCAAGACAACAAGAACAUCAAGUACAAGCAGAACAACAGCACAAGAAAACGCCUACAGCCAGUACAAGAACAACAUCAACAACAUCCAGUACAUCCAAUCUACAGAAGUACUAGCUAUGUAAUAUACGAGAUGAACUAUACUAUUACUAUCAAACUACACCAUAGAAGCCAUGCAAAUAGUGACAUGAUCAGAAACGGCAUCAAAUGAAUUAUAUAGAUCGUCUCUAUUUGAGAAUGACUGUUCCAACCAUACUUCUGAACGUUGUGAAUUCGUUUUUAUAUGGCUAUAUAAUCCACUCAUAAGUAUACAGACACCCAACCAAACCCAUCCACACUUAUCACGAGCAUUUAAAUAGCUAUAUGGUGUUGUAAAUGGUUAAUUACAUAAAUGUACAGAUCCAAGAAAUACCAUAGAAAUGUAUGUACAAUUUGCAUUAAUAGUUGACACACCAAACGCAAUAGCAACCAUGUCAGAUGCAGUCAGAUGUACAUGGUACAUCAAGGAUGACAAGGAUGAUGUUUAACACCCAACUAUCUAACUAUCCUUUCGAGCCGUGCUCUCACUUACCUUCCUGUCUAUCUUUAAGCGGGAUUCUUUGUUUUUUUUUCUAUCUACUUCUACACAAAUAUAUAUUGGUAAGACAGCAAUAAAGCCAGAAGGCUCAACACCUCUCUCUGUCAAUCUACUGAAGCAAUCCUCUAGUGCCCCUCGCUCCAUACAAAGUUAGGAACGAUCGAACUAAUGAAUGAAUGCCUUAACGUGGCUGAAACGACUAGACCAUGAGUAGCGAAUAGUUGAUGAUUAACCAGGAUGACCAGGUGGUUAUACCACCACGGGGAAAGGAGCCUACUAUCCCUAACUAAUACUAGAUUUCUUGUUCCCAUCGCACUCCUGUUACUGAACCGAUACCGAUACAGAUACAGAUGUCUCUAACAAUUAGCUAUGCUCUUUUCGAAACUCGAAACUAUUAAUGGCUUUCUAAAUACUAAUAGAAAAUGUUUACCUAGAUUCUACUACUAUAUCCAUUGCGUUUUUCUCUCAGAUACUUAUGUGAUGUUCAAGGUCACUUUAAUUGUUUAUUAUAUAUUGAAUAAAAACGAAAUAUAAAUGAAUAAAACCGAAAAACAAAAAACAAACAAAAAAACAUAUUAUUCAAUCAUAACCAAGUUUUUAACGUAAUCAUAAAUGUUGAAAAUGUUAAAUGGUUCAGCCGAUUUAUUUUUGAUUUCUGUUUAAUAAUAUUGUGUUAAACGUUAAUAUUAUAGUUAUGAUAAUGUAAUUAUAUGUAUAUCAGACAGUUCACAAGUCACGGAUGAUUAAACAUUAUUAUCUAUAUAUAUAAAUAUGUAUAUGUGUAACUUAAUAGGGAAAUGAAUUUAAUAGAGAAACAACAGACAAAAAUGAUAAAUAAUAAUGUUGGAAAAAUACCAUUCAAGUCAUUAUUAGAUGUGAAAGACGUUCUAUACACAACAAAUGAAUAAACAAAACCAAAAAAAAAAUUAAGAAAAGCGUUAAUAGUUGAUUAAUUAUAUUGUUACUUUGAACAUUUAAUUAAAAGCAAAAAAACAAUAGAAGGUAUAAUAAAAAAAUAUAUAUAUAUGUAUAAAUAUAUAUGAGAAAACACAACAAUACAUUUGGUUUUUAUUCCUAGUCGGACAUCAUCUCGAGGUGAUAGCCCUAUCGUCACACACUGAAUUCCCACCAAAUACAUAUAUCUCUCCCCAAGUACACUGCCGACUCUUUACCUGCCUGAUAUCUAAUAUCUGAUACGUAUAGUGAACUUCAUUUGGCAUGACCGUUAGUCUAUAUGUUUUUCUAUCUAUGUGUACAUGUCGACCUAUCUCUGUCUAUCUCUCUGUCUCUCUACCUCUUACUCUUCCUCUGUUACCCCCAACUUUCUCUAUUAUCCUUCCCCAAAGUCUUUUGUCUGUAUCCAACCGCCACUAUAUACAUAUGUAUGUUUAUCCUUGCGAAUCUCCGCGAGAGCCUGUGUGGCCGCCAAGGGCGAUUCCACCAGCUACAUCCCAAAGAUUAAGGGAUGAGACUGGCCCCUCCGUUUCAGUAUCUUAACACCUUUUGCAUCGCCAAAGGCACUGAAAGAAAAGGUGACCUAGAUUAAGCCCAUAUCCUGUCACCAGCAGCGUUCCUAGGUGAGUGGAAUCUGUUCCUAGGUGAGUGGCGGACUGGAGGUCGGUCAGUAUGCCUUCGAGUAAGUACCUAUUUACAUUUGAACGAUAUUUUUUUAAGCUGUGUACCAUUUCUGUUGUGUAACCGGGUCCUUCGACCGCUCGGACAGGUACAGGUAGGUAACAUAAUGGCUUAGCCAGUCAAUUUCGUGCCCAUACUUCAUGCCACCCCACCCAACGCCACAUCCACAGUCUCACACCAGCCAUACCACCCACCUAGCCACCUUGGAACCUAGCCACCUUGCCACCCAGCUACCCAGCCACGAA